AUGGAUGACAUCAAAAAGAGUUCGGUUGUGUCGUUCGGUCGGGUGCUGACUUUGCUGGAUCAGCGCCAACACAGCUGUAGCGCCCUGAAGCUCCAAGCUGGGCGAAGCGCGCAGCUCAUUUGCAAUCAGGUCUUCUUUCAGGUCUUGUGGCAGGGCGCAGACUAUGAAGUCUCGUUUGGACGCUCAGCCAGGCCAAAGUUCAUGGGCUUCCGAUCGGGUCCCCGUCCCGUGUCCGCAAACUUUGGAGUGGCUGGGAUGCUUGCGACCCCACUGGAGCAGGGCAACGGCAUCCAGAAAAGGUGCGAAGUGUCCUGGUGCAAUUCCGUGAAUUGCGAGGUCACAAGGUGGGGCGAAUGGAGAGUUUGUAGCGCGGACUGUGGUGCAGGGUUAUUUGGUGAUACCUUGCCAUCUUUCUUUUCGUCGGGGGACGACUCGACAAGGUGGAGGACAAAGCGUAGAAACCGUCACAUCGCACAGACUCCACAGGCACCCGCGGCACGAAGACGAUCGAAGGCGGUGGAAGGUGCAGCCAUUGCUGCGGAUGACUCUGUGCCAUUCAUGGCAGGCACCUCUGAUCUGAAAGGAUCUGAAUAA